AUGCAGGCGGAGUGUUUGAAUCUCCUUUCUGCGUUGACUAAGGAACUCGAGAAUCUCCAAGCGCUUGCGGCAACAGCAUCCUACCGAGCCGCCGAUUUAAAGAAAUCUUCUGGCAUAGUACAUUCCCGAUCUGACCUAAUCAACUCCCAUCGAUGGGUGUUUGGCGAUAUGAAAGAGCAUGGGCGUGUUUUGCUAACCGUUCAGGAGGAUAUUAAGGCGCUAAAAGAGCAGCGUGUCGUGCUACGAAAGAUGUUGCAGGAGCUGGAUGCAUGCAUGCUUAAAGCAAUGACUAAGCAAGAGGAGAUCGUACGGUUUGAUAAGGCCAGAACGGACGUCGAGUUUGCCAAGAUGCUGAAAGUGCGGACGUUGGGACCUGAGUAUCUCGAGAUUCAGACACAGCUGAGGAGGGAUAUAAGGGCGGUAAGGGAUCGGGUGCAAAAAUUGGAGGAUCAUUUGCAAGCCUCGAAGAGGAGACUGCAGGAAUUUAAGACGGGGAAGCCUAGAUUCAAGCCACCUUCAAUCGAUACCAUUAACCGCACGCUACGCAACAUCGAUCUCGCAAUCGGCCAACAGGAAGGCGAGGUCGACGAGUUACGCCGGCGAGUUAACAAACUCAACAUUAACUCGGCUUCGAAUGGCGUACCAUCCUCAUCGCGUGAGAAAAGCCUAGCUGCGUCACAGUCGAAACGACCGUGGAACGUGACGCCCAACGUGGCAGCGUCCACUGCAGCCGCAUUGAAUGCAGAACGUGCUGCU